AUGGUUUUCCCCACGCCUCGGCACUUUCCUGCCCAGGGUUUUCUCCUUUCCGCGCCCUCGCUACUGCCUACUUACUUGCUGCCUACCCAGCUCGCCAUCCACGUCAAUUGCAUGUACGCGAGUGUGAACACCCUUGGACCGACUCAAAGAAGACAUCGGUCGGGCAGCAAAUGUGGAGAUAACGUCGAGGCGCCCGCCCAUGCCCAAUGGAUCCGAGUUCCCUUUGGCGAAAUAACAUGUAUUCCUAACCAUCUCAUGGCCAUUCUCACACACGUCAUGGACGUUAGUGGUCUCACCCCUUUCUUUAAAGAGUGCAAAAAGCUCAUGGAGGUCUACCAACAUGUUUCCGGAACGAUGGGUAUUGGACCUGUCGCUGCCAAGCAGGUUCUGGAAUAUAGUUUCAGUGGGGUUAUGUUGCGUGGUAGCUUGAUUGCGUGGGAUCUGAGGAACGUUGCUCCGUAUGACAAGUACGACGAGAAGUCACAAAGCAUUGUCGUUUUACCUCCAGGAGCAGCCAACACGUUGACGGAUCCGCUUAACGUUCUCAUCCCGUGUAUUUAA